GAUUUUAUAGGGUUAAAAAAAAACGAUCUCCUGCAACCCAAUCCGCAACCCUAUAAUGCUUGAAAUUUUCUGUCUGCUCUGGCCUAGUUGGAGAAAAGGUAACAAAAUGCACCGAGGAAAACGAUUCAGAGAUGUGGAGUUCCAGCAGUCUCAGGUGGGAUCUUCUUCUGCUCAGUCCAUGCGAUCCCAGCAGCCCCAGCAGCACGAGUCCGAGUCUCAGCAUGAGUUCCAGUCUCAGCAACAUCCAGGCCAGGAGGUUAUGGAUGACUUGCAUAUCCAAGAUGAACAAGUGAGAGUGAGGUUGACACGGGGUUCCUCUCGAGCACGGGAUGUGUGGCAGCUUCGUGAGGAUGAGAAGAUGGUCGUCGAAUGCAACGAACUAGGGCAGCCCAUCAAGAGGGCUGGAAGCCUUUUAUCAAGUUUCUUAGGAUCAGUUGCGCGUAGGGGUCAGUUGUGUCCGCUCAACUAUCAUAAGUGGAAUGAUAUGCUUCCUUCUUAUAAAGUUGAGCUUCUUAAAUUUGUACAGAAAAAGUUUGUGCUCCCUCCAGAGAGCCAUGAUUGGGUGCUAAAGUCCCUCAACCGCAAAUGGAAAGAAUAUAAGUCGAAGUUAAAGGCCGACUGGAAGCGCGAGGGUAUGACAGAGGAGGAGGUUGCUCGUGUUUGUCCUCCUGAUGUAUACCAUCAUCAGUGGAGGGAGCUUGUUCACUAUUGGUUUUCCGAGAGAGGACAGACAUAUUCUGACAUUGGUCGAGCCGCACGAGCAUCUUAGACAAUUCCUCACACUUCAGGCUCGAAGAGUUAUGCGAGGCUCAGAGCUGAAUUCGUA